AUGUCACUGAGAAAGAUACAGUUAAACCCAGAGGUUCCUGUUCUUCAAACAAACAAUGGUCCUGGUCUGACUGGAUUAAUGACCAUAGCUGCCCACCUAGUUAAACAGGCCAAGAAAGACCAACUGCUUGGAAGCACUGCAGAAGAGAAGGCUGUGGUUCAGCAGUGGUUGGAAUAUAGAGUGACUCGAGUAGACGGAGGCUCUAGUAAAGAAGAUACUAGAAUAAUUCUGAAGGAUCUUAACAUGCACCUUGAAGAUAAAGUCUACCUUGCAGGAAACAUUUUUACCUUAGCAGACAUUUUGAUGUACUAUGGAUUGCAUCGUGUCAUGGUGGACCUUACGGUGCAAGAAAAGGAGACGUACCUUAAUGUGUCUCGUUGGUUCAGUCACAUUCAGCAUUAUCCAGGCGUCCGACAACAUCUGUCUAAUGUCGUCUUUAUCAAGAACAGAUUAUACACUAAUGCUCAUUAA